AUGCCACGCGCACCUUCCUCGAAUCGUUUACGGACCCAAUUCGACGUGAGUGUCAGAAGGACCUCACAUGCCAUCGGCAUCCCCCCCAAGACCGCUGAAAGACUCCUUCGCCAUCUCAACUCUCAAUCCCCCACACGAAGCUUGGAGUUCCAAGACGACAACCAACAACUCACCCUACUCAGACUAGAGGUCUUGCGACUCAAGAUAUCUCGCGCCAUGGCCCAUCCAUCACGGCGUCCACAGGUGCCUAUGCCAGAUGGCGAUAGGAACCAAGUCUCUGAUGGCCUUCCUCCCAACCAAGAGCUCCCCAACGGUGUCCAGGCUGAAGUCCGAACUAGAUCUGUCAACCUCAGUGAGAGUGAGAUCAGUGUCUUGGAUAUUGGUCCCAGCUUGCAAUCUACUCAAACCACCGCUACUGCCAGCACUACACUUCGCCGCACAAGCACCCAUCAAUCGGCAGUCAUGUCGAAUGGAUCCCCCAACUUGACCGCGGGCCCUGACAGUGACGGGUUGUACAGAGAACACGCAUCUGAACUCGACGUUCAGACCAUCGAUACCGAUUCUGUUGCCAUAACAUCUACCGCUGGUUCUGUCAUAGCUGGAAUUCCACUCAGUCUGCGUGAACGCCGCCACGCUGUGAUCGACAUCCCUCACCCGUUGCGACGUCCCCCCGGUCCGGGUGGAUAUGACCCAAAUGAUGCCUCUUUUGCCAGCUCGCAACCCUCCUACACUCCCCCCUGGAUGGGCAGGUACGGAUAUGGCUUCGAUGGAUAUGUUCCUGCUGCGCUUAGCCUCCCUGAUGAACCUGAUCUCUAUAUCCCGUCACGGUCUCUGCCACACUCGCCUCAGUCUCCAUCUGUCCGAAGACGACCACCUCUGCCACGCUCACAAAGCUCUUUUGGGGGCAUGGAUCCAGAAUUUGCGGCUAUGCAGAACAUUGAGCGGAUGAGGGCUGCUAGGAAUGACAAGCCUUCUGAAGCGUCUUCCUCUGCAGGCAUGAAUGGAACCUUGAGCGACGAAGAAGAGCCAUGA